AAAAAAAAAACCAAAUUUCCCAUAAUAUGAAAGAAAAAAGAUAUUUGGAAGUCAGAUGAUAUUCUAAACUUUGUUCUCUUAUACAUAACAAUUUCCAUUUUGUGGCAAUAUCCUUCAUAUUAUAUAAACAGAAAUGGUAUGAAAAAAAAAAGUACCUGGGAAUGCAGGUAUGCUAUUCAGCCACAUCAUUAUUGUUAGGCAGUAUUUAAAUCUUUGUUCUGCUCAAACCAAAUACAUGCCUGAUAGUAGAGUUGGCCUUUUCUUGUUUUAAAAACAUUUUUAGUUGUAGAUGGACACAAUACUUUUAUUUUGCUUAUUUAUUUUUUUGUGGUGCUGAGGAUUGAACCUGGUGCCUCAUAUAUGUGAGCUACAACUCCAGAUCUAGAGGUGGCCUUUCUUGAAAUCUUUAAGAUUCUUCUCUUUUCCAGCUCUCUGGAGAGGAGUUUCCCUUCCCUCAUGGAGCAGCCAUGUGCUCAGCACUGAUGGAAGUCUAUUUCUCUUUCUUCUUUUUUAAACUCUUUCAUAAUUCUAAACAACCAGUGUUCCUGUUCCUCAACCGCUCACUGACUCUUGAGUUGGAAUUCAGAACUUGCUCUCUGUUCCCCUUUCUCAUUGUGCAGCUGCACAAUUGUUGAUUCAGUUCAUUGUAGGGAGUAGCCAGUAUGUGCUAACUACAAAACUUCCCAUUCUUCAAAACAUAAAUAUAUAAAUAUGCAUGGAAAAUCUCCCACUCUUCACUCUAUAUAAAUAUGUAUGAAAUAUCCUAUCUAUUCCACUCAAGAAAUAUUUGUCUUUGAUUUAUGCAUGUGUUCUAGUCUGAUCACAUUGUCCAUGGAAUAACUGGAAAUGCAAUGCAUUUUUUUUCAAGCAGAGACCAGUUUACCUUACCCCAUGUUUUAAAAUGGUUGUGAUUUCUCACUCUGCUCUAAAGUGCCACUCUAUGCCAGCUUAUGGAAAACUCCUUUCCUUUUGGCUAUUUGUUUUCUACUAAUACUAGGCUGCUUUGAAUAUUAGGUUUGAAAGUCCUUAAUGUAUGUGAGGCAAGCCAUCACCCUCUUUUCAGAAGACUUUGGUCAUUAUUAGGCAUUUGUUAUUCUUUUAGGUUAUUAAAAGCAGUUUUUGUUGAUUACUGAAGAGUAUGUUUUAAAGAUUUAUGUUUUAUGAGGUAUGAUUUGGAAGAGGUGAUAUCAAAUUGGUUAUAUUGAGUUUUUUCUAAGAACAUGUGUCAUCUAAACACUGAUAUAAUUCUGGUGACAAUGCUAAUAUAAAUUUAAAAAUUGUUCUGUUAGGAUCGUUACAUAAUGAUAAUUUUUCAUAGUACUUUAUUAAAUUUAGCUGAUGUUAAGUGCUUGCAAGUUCCCAAAUGAUCUCUUUUGGUGUAAAUACAUAGGAAGAGUUCAAUUUCCCAAUGGACAAGUUGUUAAAACAUGCAUGAAAUAGUGUCUACCAGGUAAUAAGCUUGAAAGACUCAGUACACAGUGGGGUCUAAUCCUCUAGGUACCACAGUGAGCAUGGAACAAAUAGACAUUCAGAAGGAAAACAGGAGUUCAGAAAGGACUAUAGUGUUUACAUAAAUCAUGUAGUCACAGUGAAGCACUUUUAUAAUUUAUGUUGGUGAACUACUUCAAGUUCCAAGUUCCCUGAUACUAGCAAAAUUUGAACUAUGUGAGCAGACUUAGGACUGCUAAUGUUAACUUUUUGUUAUGACAGAAACCAGUUCUACAAAGACAAGUUAGGGUGAUCUAGCAGCACUUCUUACUCCCUGAGCCCACUAAUGAGAGGAUGUUCCAACUGUGCUGUUCUCUCUCUGAAUAGCUCAAUUCUAGAAUUAGAACUUCUAUGUGGAAGGGAGUAUCAUCUAUGGACAAGAAUUCUCAUGACCAAGACAUGGAGUAUAUGUUUGGAAACCAUAGAAUCAUGUGAACCUUUUAUGAAUUGAGUGUAGAUCCUGUGUUGUCAGUUGGACUCAUUCUCUUGUACAUGUAUGUGGAAUAUUUUAGGAUUCAGUGGCUUUUCAGGAUGUAGCUGUGGACUUUACCCAAGAGGAAUGGGCUUUGCUAGAUCCUUCCCAGAAGAAUCUCUACAGGGAUGUAAUGCUGGAAACUUUCAGGAACCUGGCUUCUGUGGGAAACAAAUGGAAAGAUCAGAACAUUGAAGAUCAGUACAAAAAUUAUGGGAGAAAUUUGAGAAGUUAUGUGGUAGAGAGACUCUGUGAAAGUGAAGAAGGUGGACAGUGUGGAGAAACCUUCACCCAGGCUUUAAAUCUUAAUCAGAGCAAGAAAAUUCCUGCUGGAGUAAAACCAUGUAAAUGCAGUGUGUGUGGAAAAGUUUUCCUGUGUCAUUCAUCCCUUAAGGGGCACCUGAAAUCUCACUCCAGAUACAAGGCACUUGAGUGUGAGGAAUAUGGAGAGAAGCCAUAUAAAUGUGAACAGUGUGGGAAAGCCUUCAUUUCUCUCAGAAGUGUUGGAAGACAUAAGGUGACCCACAGGAUAAAAGGCUCUUAUACUUGUGAGUUGUGUUUGAAAGUCUUUGAUUCCCCCAGUUCAUUUCAAAUACAUCAACAAACUCACACUGGAGCCAAACCCUCUGAUGACAAUCGGUGUGGGAAGACCUUUCUUUGUUCUAAUUCAUUUCAAAUACCUGGCAGAAUUCACAGUAUAAAAAAAUCUUACGAAUGCAAACAAUGUGAUAAAACUCUGAGUUGUUCCAGUUCCCUUCAUAGACAUGGACGAUCUCAUAAUGAAGAAAAUCCCUAUAAAUGUAAACAAUGUAGUAAAGUUCUUAGUUCUUUCAAUUCUCUUGCAAUACAUGAAAGAACUCACAGUGAAGCAAAAACCUACAAUUGUAAACAAUGUGGUAAAGUACUCAGUUCUUCCAGUUCUCUUAGAGUACAUGAAAGAACUCAUGCUGAAGACAAGUCCUUUGAGCGUAAACAAUGUGAUAAAGCUCUCAGAAGUCACAGUUACCUUCAAGAACAUGAAAGAACUCACAUUGAAGGAAAACUCAAUGAACGUGAACAGUGUGGUAAAGAACUGAGUUGUCCCAGUUCCCUUCAACUUCAUGAAAGUGUUCAUAGUGUAGAAAAACCCUGUGUAUGUAAACAAUGUGGUAAAGCCUUCCGAUAUCAAAGUUCCCUUCUACGGCAUGAAAGAGCUCACACUGGAGAGAAACCCUAUGAAUGUAAACAGUGUGGUAAGGCCUUCACUCGCAACAGUAACCUUCGAGAACAUGAAAGAACUCACAAGGAAUCAAAACCAUACCAAUGUAAGCAUUGUGGUAAAGCUCUCAGUUCCUCCACCUCCCUUCGAUCUCAUGCAAGAACUCAUAACAGAGAACAGUCCUAUCAGUGUAAACAAUGUGGUAAAGCGUUCAGGUUUCCCAGUUCCCUUAAAGUGCAUGAAAGAAUUCAUAGUGGAUACAAACCCUAUGAAUGCAAACAAUGUGGUAAAGCAUUCAGACAUCAUAGCUACCUUCAAGAACAUGAAAGAAUUCAUACUGAAGAAAAACCCUAUGAGUGUAAACAGUGUGGUAAAGUGCUCAGUUGUUCUAGUUCCCUUCAAUAUCAUGAAAGAACUCACACUGGAGAAAAACCCUAUGAAUGUAAGCACUGUGGUAAAACUCUUCGUUGUUCUAGUGCUCUUCGAUAUCAUGAAAGAAUACAUACUGGAGAAAACCCCUAUGAAUGUAAACAAUGUGGUAAAGCUUUCACUAUUUCCAAUUCCCUUCGAUAUCAUGAAAGAAUUCAUACUGGAGAAAACCCCUAUGAAUGCAAACAGUGUGGUAAAGCAUUCAGAUUUCCCAGUUCCCUUAAAAUGCAUGAAAGAACUCAUACUGUAUGUAAACCCUAUAAAUGUAAACAAUGUGGUAAAGCCUUCAGAUGUCACAACUACCUUCAAGAACAUGAAAGAAUUCAUACUGAAGGAAAACCCUAUGAAUGUAAACAGUGUGGUAAAGUGCUCAGUUGUUCUAGUUCCCUUCAAUAUCAUGAAAGAGCUCAUACUGGAGAAAAAUCCUAUGAAUGUAAACAAUGUGGGAAAGCUUCAGUAGUUCCAGUUCCCUUCGAUAUCAUGAAAGAAAUCACCCUGGAGAAAGACGCUAUGAAUGUAAACAAUGUGGUAAAGCUCUCAGUAGUUCCAAUUCCCUUCGUUGCCAUGAAAGAAUUCAUACUGGAGAAACACCCUGUGAAUGUAAACUGUGUGGCAAAGCCUUCAGAUUUCACAGUUCCCUUCAAAGUCAUGCAAAAACCCAUACUCGAGAAAAAAUGUAAAUGUGGUUAAAGCUGUCAGACUUUAAUUCCCUUCAAAUGCAUGAACAACUCAAUGGAGGAAAAUACCAUAACUAUUAAAAACUGGUGAAGACUUCAGUUUUUCCAGUUCUCUUUGAAAACUGGAGGAAAGCCCUAUGAAUGUAAGAAAUGUGUUAAGUAGUCAUUUGUUUCAGGUCCAUUUGAAGACAUGAAAAAACUUGUUUUGGAGAAAAUUCCUAUAAAUGUGUGGAAUGUAAGAAUAUCCUCAUUUCUCUGACAUCCAUUCAAGGACACAUUAUAAUGCAUGCUGGAAAUAGACCUUAUACAUAUAAGCAUGCAUUCUCUAUUGAAACCCCCAGUAGUUGGCACAUAAACUUUUUUUUGGUUUUGUUGGGUACUGGGGAUUAAACCCAUGGGUGAUUAACUACUGAGCAACAUCCCUAGUCCUAGUCUCACUAAGUUGCUUAG